UUUCUUUGAUCGUAGAAACUAAAGAAAGAAGGAUAAUCACGGUUUUAUUCAUGGAUUUCGUUGGUUCAAUCGUUCUUACUCUGCACUACUUGGAGAUUAUUGCGUGGUCUUCGUUUGCUCUUGUAUAUCCACUAUGUGCCUCUAUACAAGCAAUGGAAAACAAGUCACGCAAAGAUAUGAGAAAAUUGAUGGCUUAUUGGAUCAUAUUCUCCUUGCUAUUGCUCUUUGAAAUUGCUCUUGGGAAUAUUGUCCGAUUGAUUACUCCACUCUGGUCUUGCAUUAAGCUAAUGGUUGUCUGCUGGUUUGGGUUGCCUCAUUUUGAACAAGCUGAUUAUUUUUACUGCAAUCAAAUUGAUCCAUUCUUAUCGGAGCUACGUUCUUCGAUUAUUCAUUACUUGUGUAAACCCAUGGAAGAGAUUAUCCUCACUGAAGAAUCUUUUUUAGCAUUGGUGGAGAAGUUUGUGGAUUUGAAUGGUUCAGAAGCUUUGGAGGAACUCGUCGCGAGAAAGGCAGAACAGAAGGAAGAGUGCAAAGGAAAUAUUAUUAUUGAGCCAAUGAUUCAGCUCGACACUAAAGAUGGAAACAUGAAGCCAACAAGAAAUAUAGAAAGGGAAGAAAAUGUGACAACAAUUCAGCUCGACGCUAAAGAUGGAAAUGUGAAGCCAAAAAGAAAUAAAAAAAGGGAAGAAAAUGCGGCAACAGUGCAGGCGUCCCUGCAAAAUAAGCCUUAUGUUGAAGACCUUAAGGUAGAACAGGAGGAGAGCAAAGGAAGUAUUGAGCCAGUGGUUUAUCAGCCCGACGCUAAAGACGAAGAACACGUGAAGCCAGAAAGAAAUAUAGAAAUGGAUGAAAACCUUACUACAAUUCAGGCGUCUCUACAAAAGAAGCCUGGUGUUGAAGAUGUUAAGGCAGAACAGAAGGAAGAGAGCAAAGGAAGUAUUGAGCCAGUGGUUCAGCCCGACUCUGAAGAUGAAAACUUAAAGCAGACAGAAAGAAGCACUGAAGAAAAUGUGGCAACAACUCAGAAGGUGGUUGUUAAUUCGAUGGAUGAACUUCAUCAACCUGCAGCAGCAACAGUAGAAGAAGCAGCAGCAGCCAACCAGACAGAAAGGAAUGUGGAUCAAACAGAAAAAAACAUUAAGACGAAGAAUACAAUUAAGAAUAUCUUAACAUGCACUACAUGUCAACUGAGCGUGCAUCACGAAAAGAUCAUGCAGGCUCAUUUACUAGGAAAGAAACACAGGACCAACCUGCAAAAGGAAAUUAUCAUGAAGCAUUUUGGUUAAGGUGGGGGAUGACUUAAGUAUGAAUCACCUUAAAAUAUGCUAUGUUUUUUUGUAAAUGGAAAAGUUGGUUUCAUUCCCCUCUCUGCAAAUAGGUCGGAUUGAGAGAUGGAAUGAAUUUACCAUUCUCGUUUUGUUUAGAAAUUCCUAUGGGACAAGCAUCUGGUUAAGAAAAUCUCCGCAUGUAACAGUUUAUAU